CCUCCACACCUCAGUGCCUUAUACUAGCCUUGAAUGGCCACAUUUGAGCUAUCCAAGUUGUGCCUCUGUACAACCUGUCCUUGAUGCUUUAGCAUUGCCCUUGAAGGAGCUCUUGUCACUAUAUUUGAGGCGGUAUUUCUGUACCAUUUCGUUGAUCUUCUUCCUAGUACUAUCUACACAGAAAUUACGCCUGCGGAAGGCACACCGCAGUAAAGAACAUGGCGACAUCCCAAGGACCGUAUCUUCUUAUACCCGGCUCUGCAGCUUUCUCCGACUUUCGACUCACCCGGCUUGCCCAGGCCAUAGGAGCUGUCGAGGUUAGGGCCGUCUGGGUGCAUUUCGUCAAUCCCAACAUAGACCUCGACGACAAGGAGCUUAGUACGCUGGAACAGCUGCUACAAUAUGGGGAUUCUCCUAGCGCCCAGGAUAAACUAUACCAGUUAUUGCUCGACGCGGUAUCCCGGAGCGGCGACCCACGGGAUCCCAAUACUGCACUAUUCUACGUCUGUCCGCGCGCAGGAACAAUCUCGCCAUGGAGCUCACAGGCUACUAGCAUAGCGCAUGUCUGCACUCUUGAGGGCAGUGUGAAGCGCAUCGAGCGUGGCAUGGUCAUUGCAGCAACAUUUGCGGAACCGUUGGACGCCGAAUUCAUCCCAAAACCCGACUCCCUCCACGACCGCAUGACGCAAACGAUUAGUCGCUCUCCACCAAACCUCAAUCUCAUAUUUGCUGAGCAUGAGCCCGCACCCGCAAAGAGAAUAAAUUUGGAGGAGACUGGGAGGACGCCACAGGAGGUGUUACAAAAGGCGAAUCGCGACCUUGGUCUUGCUCUCGAUGCAUCAGAGAUCGAGUAUCUGGUGGAAGCUUACACCCAUCAGCUCAAGAGAGGUCCGGUAGAUGUGGAACUGUUCAUGUUUGCUCAGGUCAAUUCCGAACAUUGUAGGCACAAACAGUUCAACGCGGAAUGGACUAUUGAUGGAAUACGAAAGCCGCGUACUCUUUUCGGAAUGAUACGAAAUACCCAUCAGAAACAUCCAAAGCAUGUUGUCAGUGCCUACAGUGACAACGCAGCAGUCCUUCAGGGAGAAAAUGCUAGUCUUUGGGCCCCAAGCCAUCUGACGGGAGAAUGGAAUCAAACUCGAGAAACCGUCCACAUCUUAGCCAAAGUUGAGACUCAUAACCAUCCCACCGCUGUGUCGCCAUUCCCUGGUGCCGCGACAGGAUCCGGUGGCGAAAUCAGAGACGAAGGUGCCGUUGGACGAGGAUCUAAGCCCAAGGCCGGUCUUUCGGGCUUCAGUGUUUCGGAUUUGCUCAUCCCAGGAUUCGAACAGCCUUGGGAGUUGAAAGAUGUAGGAAAGCCGUCACAUAUCGCCAGCAGCCUGGACAUUAUGCUUGAAGCUCCCAUUGGUAGUGCCGCUUUCAACAACGAGUUUGGACGGCCUUGCACCACUGGGUAUUUCCGCACGCUUCUUACCAAGGUUCCAACCAACGAGAAAGGAACCGAAAUUCGAGGCUAUCACAAACCAAUCAUGAUAGCCGGUGGUGUAGGGACAGUGCGUCCUCAGCACGCAAUAAAAGAAAAGAAUGUAGUCAAGGAGAAAUCUCACCUCAUUGUGAUUGGUGGCCCAGCAAUGUUGAUUGGUCUUGGUGGAGGUGCUGCAUCAAGUGUCCAAUCAGGGGAAGGAUCUGUUGAUCUGGACUUUGCCAGUGUGCAGAGAGGGAACGCAGAAGUUCAAAGACGAGCCCAAGAAGUCAUAAACACUUGUACUUCCAUGGGCAGCCAAAAUCCGAUUCUUUUCAUUCAUGACGUAGGCGCUGGUGGUCUCUCAAACGCAUUGCCCGAGCUUGCUCACGACUCUGGUUUUGGUGCAACGUUCGAGCUAAGAGAAGUCGACAACGCGGACAAGAGCAUGAGUCCUUUGCAAAUAUGGUGCUGCGAAGCUCAAGAGCGAUACGUCCUGGCCGUUGCGCCGGACACUUUGGACCUAUUUAAACGUAUUUGUAAGAGGGAGCGCUGUGGAUAUUCUGUUGUUGGAACAGCUGAAGGAGGCACAUCAGAAAGCGAGCAGCGUCUGGUGCUCAUGGACCGGGAUUCGAAGGAUGUUCCUAAACCUAUCGACCUGCCUAUGUCUACGCUUUUUGGGAAGCCGCCAAAGAUGACAAGAAUCGUAGACUCCAGGAAAUUACAACUGCCUGUAUUCAACAGUAGUCUCUCCGUCUACCUCCCAAACGUAUCCAAGGAUGGGCUGCUUAAGGAGGCCGUAAGUAGAGUGCUUGCUCUCCCGUCCGUCGGCUCAAAGUCAUUCCUCAUUACUAUUGGUGAUAGGACUGUCGGCGGCUUGACCGUUCGAGACCAAAUGGUUGGACCAUGGCAAGUUCCAGUUGCAGAUGCCUCUGUCACCGCGACAUCCUUGCUCCCAGGAGUGAAGACUGGUGAAGUUAUGGCCAUGGGCGAGAAACCCAGCCUGGCGCUUAUUUCUCCAGCAGCAUCAGCACGUAUGGCCGUAGCCGAGUCCUUACUCAACAUCGCGGCUGCAAGCAUCUCCGACAGACUGGCUCGCAUUCGGCUAUCGGCAAACUGGAUGGCUGCGAGUAGUCAUCCUGGCGAAGGGGCAGCAUUAUACGAAGCUGUCGAAGCUAUAGGAAUGGAUCUUUGUCCACGACUCGGUAUCAGUAUUCCGGUUGGGAAGGAUUCAAUGUCAAUGAAGAUGAAGUGGAACGAUAGUGCUUCCAAGGCACCAAGAGAAGUAACGGCACCGAUGUCUCUCGUCAUCUCUGCAUUUGCGCCGGUAGAAAGGACAGAUCGUACUUGGACUCCUGCUUUAGAGCGACGAGAAGAUGUGGGAGAGACCGUCUUGGUGUUCGUCGACCUCGCUGGGGCAAAGAAGGCUCUGGGUGGCUCAUCGCUUGCUCAAGUCUUCGGCCAGGUUGGAGACGAAGCGCCUGACGUCCGAGAGAUUGAUGUUUUGAAAGACUACUACGACGCCAUCGAGGACCUACAUGAGUCUGGCAUCGUCCUCGCAUAUCACGAUAGGUCUGAUGGAGGUCUCUUCACUACUCUGGUUGAGAUGAUGUUCGCUGGACGUUGCGGACUAGAGAUCAUGCUAGACAAGAUAUGCCGGUCUACCGAUACUAAAGAUGUGAUGGAAACCCUGUUCAACGAGGAACUUGGGGCCGUCUUCCAAAUUCGCGCCAAGGACUUUACGGAGUUCAAGUCGUGCUUUGCUACAUGUGGACCACCCCCUGGAAUGGUAGAGAAGAUCGGAAGGAUUCCAGACGCCUCUAAACAAGAAAUAUCAUUCCGGCAUGGUAUCGAUGUUGUUUUCCGUGCCUCCCGACAAGAGCUUCAGCAAAGAUGGGCAUCCACUUCACAUCAACUACAACGUCUGAGAGACAACCCCGCGUGUGCGGACACCGAAUUUAACAACAUCAAGGACAGCUUGGACCCUGGUAUCCGGUACAAGCUGACAUAUAAUCCUAAAGAGAAUAUCCUUCCUUUCACAGCAUCACUAUCAUCAGCUUUCACCUCCAAACCUCGCGUAGCCAUCCUCCGAGAGGAAGGCGUCAACGGCCAAGCCGAGAUGGCCUUCGCCUUCAACGUCGCCGGCUUCUCCGCCGUCGACGUCCACAUGACCGACAUCCUCACCGAACGUGUCUCGCUUGCCGGCUUCGUCGGCCUGGCAGCCUGCGGCGGCUUCUCCUACGGCGACGUCCUGGGCGCCGGCCAAGGCUGGGCCAAGAGCGUGCUCCUGCACCCCAAAGCGCGGAAGGAAUUCCAAGACUUCUUCGAGCGCAAAGACACCUUCACGCUGGGCGUCUGCAACGGCUGCCAGUUCCUCUCCAAGCUCAAAGCGCUCAUCCCCGGUGCGCAGAACUGGCCCUCAUUCGAACGCAACGCGAGCGAGCAGUACGAAGCGCGCGUUUGCAUGGUCGAGGUCAUGGACCCGCCGGGCCAGACGCCGUCGGUGUUUCUGCAUGGCAUGCAUGGCUCGUACCUCCCGAUCGUCACGGCGCAUGGCGAGGGCCGCGCGACGUUCCCGCCGGCGACGGUGUCGGCGGCGACGGCGGAGACGUUGUCGGAGCAGGGCUUGGUCUCGAUGAGAUAUGUGGAUAAUUAUCUCACGCCCACUGAACGAUAUCCAUUUAAUCCGAAUGGGAGUCCGCAGGGUAUCACGGGUGUGAGGACGCCGGAUGGGAGGGUGCUGGCGCUGAUGCCGCAUCCGGAGCGCACGAUUUUGAGGGAGGUGGCGAGCUAUGUGCCAAGGGGGAAAACGGAGGAGUGGGGGGAGUUUGGGCCAUGGGUUAGGAUUUUCAAGAGUGCGAGACGGUGGGUGGGUUAGGCAUGGGGUGUGGAUGUUUUGGGAAAUGGAGUCGACGUUGGAAAAGCUCUAGAUCGGAGGGGAGAUACGCUUGCUUUAUUGAAAAGACUAUUUAUGGGAUCUAUCAAUCUUUGUACCA